UUUUGUAAAAAGUUUUUGUAGAGAAGGGACCUUGCUCUAUUGCCCAGGCUGGAGUCUUUUUCUCUUUUUAGAGAUACUUUAUCACAUUCACCUCUGCUCUGUAGCAGUGUCUUCAAAGUGAUCUGAUUUUUCUUUCAAGUGGGGUUGAGUUUGUCUAGAAGGCUCUUGAGCAUUUUCCUGGUGAUAGGCCUUACUUUUUUGACAUGGAGGUAGGGGAAAGGGACAUGAAAAUAUCACAAGUUCUAGAAACCAGGAUUCGAGCAGUCUUGAAGUCGCCCAGUCCCACCCUGAAGUGAUCUGCAUCCAAGAAAAAGGUUUUGUGAUGGUGGUGGUGGAAUGUUUGGGGAUUAAGAGUUUGCUGUGUGGAUUAACAAGCUGGAGCUGGAAAUGUCUAAUGAAACUGACAAUGAUGCCUUCCUGGAUCAGCUCACCUGUGUGUCAUAUGACAAGCCUGAAGAGGACUCAGGAACAUUCAAACCCAACCUUCUCAUGGAACAGAAGCCCGAAGGGGGCAAAUGCUUCAAGUCACACAGCACAGUGGUUGUGUUGGCCAAAAACCAGAAUUGUCUCCCUCAGUGAUUACAACCAGAUGUAGAAUUAAGUUUUGUAUGCCCACCACGCUAUUGCUUUUCCCCCUUAAACUUCUAUUUCUUCUUAUUGGGGGAAGGAGAGCUCCCUUAGAGAUGGUGUAAGUCAGAGUUUACUGAACCAGGCACCCACACCCUGUUUAGCUUUAGGCCUAUACUCUGUUUACAGGAUGGGCAAUCAGCAGCUGAAAACUAACUGAAUUUGGAAUUAAACCUUUCUCCCUCUACCUAGCUCCUUUAAGCAACUAGACCCUCCCUGGUUCUUGAAUCCACGUUGUGAGUUGUUCAUUAAUAGAACCUUUAGCAGCAAGGCUGGGGGAAGCUGUUUGUACUUGCCAAAGGCCAUUCUCCAUGAAUGUAGUUGUGAAUAGGUGACCCCCAAUUUAGAAUGGGGGUGUGUAUAAUUUUCUUAAGAAGUUGGUUGAAGUUUCACCAUAGUUAUAACUACCAUUUAUUGUGUCUCUAACAUGCCAGCAGCUUUUAUAAACAUUAAUUUCUGUGGCUUGAGAAACAACCCUGCAAGGUAGGAGGCAGCAUCCUUGUUCUUAUGGAUGCAGAAUCUGAGAUUCAGUAAGGCUGAGAAACUUGUACAAGGUAAAGUGGCUGGCAAAGAGCAGAGGAUUCAAACCCAGGUCAAUCUGGUCAUAAAAUGAUCACACUGCCCUGCUGCCCAUUGGAUAUCCAGCUCCAGCCUUGCCUAGGAAAACAUGUUGCUAGUUUUUGAGAGUGAAUGGGAAAGGAGCUGGAACAAAAUAUGCCUGAAUAUCUGACACUUUAUACCAUGGUGUCUAGUGUUUUUGAAUAUGAAGUUUUCUAGACUGAGGUUAUCACAACUCCUGCCCUUGUCUUCCUUUUUAUUACUUCUAGAGUAAUUGUAGUUUUAACAUCUUCUAUCAUGUUAAAAACAAAGUUGGUUAUUUUUCUGAUUAAAAAAUACCUGUUUAUGUAGAAAAUACAGAUAUACAAAGAGGACAAGUCUUCUCAAACUAUAUACCAGCUUCUGGUUAAGAACGUGUGUACGGGAGCUAGACUUGCAAGAGUAUGUAUCCCUGCUCUGCAGUUUAUAAUGUGUAUGACUUCAGACUAGUCACUUCUGUGCCCGUUUCCUAUCUGUGAAGUUGGAAAUAUCCUACUUCAUUAGGUUAACAUUAAAUGAGUUAAUAGCUGCAAAGCCCCCAAAGUGACCGAGAUGUUUAAUAUUUUACUAAACUUCUGGUCUUCCUCUCUGAUCUGUGUAUACAUGUGUAAGUAUACAUGUUAGUAUGCAUAUAAGCCAAAAUGAAAUAUUUUUCAAACCAGCUGCUUUUCAUAUAAUUAUAUCGUGAUCACCUUUCCUAACCUCUAAAUAACCUUCUCCAUUACCUGACAACUGCCUAAAACCCAUGAUGUGCUAGUGUGAAUGGAACUGAAUCCGUGUUACUGGGCAUGCAGAUUUCCAGAUUUGCACUAACAUAAUGCAUUUUUAAACAAAUUUUAGUUGUUGUCCCAUGAAUGGUAUCUGGGUGACAGGAACUUCAAGCUCUUUUCAGAGCACACCUAAUCCUCCCUCCCCUAGUCUGAAUGAAAAUAAGGAUCAGGAAGUACUCCCUUCGGAGCUCAGAACCUGCCUUAAUUCUGAGGCAGCACUGUGAACUUUUCAUAUGUCAGCCGUAAGUGAGGAACUCACUCUGGCUCUCCCCUUUCCCUGCCUUUAAAUCUAGACAAACCAUGUUUCCACAUUUAAUAUCUGAUAUCUCGGUUCCCAGUAAAUCACAAAUCAGAACGUUCUGUUGUUCCAUUAUUGCUAUGUCUGAGGUGCCCCCUAAGAAACCUGUCGCUAAAAGGGCUUAGAAGUGAAGCUCUGCUCCCUGUUUCCCAGAUUGGACUCCUAAAUCCUGUCUCUCAGGAUGGAGUACUGCAGUCCCUUUUGUGCCAUGCUGGGCACUGUACAUUGCCGUUUUAGUUUUAUGAGUUUCUGAUGACAUGCUUAUUUGACUUUAUUGACACAGAACCCUCCUGCUGGUCUCAGAUUGGUAGAAACCAUUGAUUGGUCCCCUCUUAACUCCCCCCGUCCCCUGCCCCCCGCCCUGCCAACGCCUGCAGUUUUUCACCACUAGCAAAUCAAUAGGUCAUGUUUGAUGACCCUACUCUUGCCUAUCCACUUGCAGGCGUAUUAUAUAUGCAGACUCAAGGGAUGUACUUGUCCAUUGUGUCUGAGCUCCAAAGAGGCAAGAGUGAUGGGCAGAAGUGAUUUGGGAUCAGUAGUCAUGGAGUAUACCUCUUAAAAGGUUUACAGCUUUAAUGAGAUUUUUCUCCUACUGUCUUAGACAAGAAAUCUCCAAAUGUUGGAAACUUGACAUUUAAAACAGUAUACAUUCUAAAGGAAUUCAACUGCAUUUCAGGACCUGUUGACUGACCAACCUCAGACACAGUCAUAUCCUAAGACAUUAAAGGAAAGGGCUCGAUGUUCCCUCUAAUUUAGGGAGUAUAUCAUCAUCUCUCAGAAAGAGUCUAAUGUGGUGAUGCAUCUGCCAAAAUUACAGAGCGGGUGGCACGUCUUUGGGGUGUGCUGGAAUGGCAUCAAGACUUAAGAGGAAAAAUGUGUGUAUUACAUGCUUGUAAAACUCAAAGCAUCAGUUACUCUCUGCAAUAUUUUCCAACGUGCUUUUUCAUUAGUUUCCUUCUAACACCCUCCCUGUGAGAAAGGUUAAGUAGCAUUACCCUUCUUCCACUCAUGAGGACACUGGAACAAUGAGAGGUUAAUUGACUUGCUUUGGGCUCUCUACAGUGAGGCUGACCCAGCUGGAAUUUCCAACUUCCGCUGCCUGGAACUCCAGCUUACCAUUCCAAAGGCUCUGUAGAACCAGGGCCACCUCAGAGAAGGCCUCCGCAGAGGCAGGAAGAGCUCCCAGCCAAGAAAGGGGCAUCUUGCUCAGCCAUGUUCUUGCUGUUUGGGGACUGCUGAGGCAGAGAGUUAGUCUCUUCAAAGUUAUAGUCCAAGAUCCUCGACCUAGAAACUGUUUGGCUGCCUGGAGCUAAGCUGUAGGAGUGAUGGAUGGCAGAAAUAAAUUAUUUUUGGCUCAACUGCUCAGUCUUGGCAGGGGGCCCUUUAAAUUUGAAAUGUUAAUCCUGACAUCUACAAAAGGCUUAGGAAUCUGAUGUCAUUUUCUCCCUAUGAUUCACAUGUUGGCCUUUUCUGUAGAGGGGUUACCAGUUAUCUCUGGUGUAUGUUCCUGUUAAGGGUUCUCUGCAAUUCAGAUGCUGUAAAAUAUGUAAUUAGGAUGAUAGAGAUGGCUUCUAAUAUAGAGGGUCCCCUGUACCUCUUCUUCCUGGCCCCACCAGGCCUACUUGAAUCAUCUUGGCUCACUCCUCCCUCCAAAGCAGAUCCUUACUACAAAGCCAGGGAUUCCUGGUCACCUCCCUUGCCCUUUUCUUCCUGGAUGAAACAAGAAGAUAAUCAGGGUGUCUGUGCACACCAGGACUCAGAAGACAAAGGGAUGGGUUCCGAUUUUGAGGACUCUGAGGACAGGGAAGGGGACCCAGAAGAAAGAGAAAUGGGCUCUAAUCCACAGGACACAAACAAGAGAGAAGGCCAUCUGGAGCCAGAGAUGGGCUCCAACCCACAGGACUCAAGGCACAGGGAAGCAGUGCCUGACACCUGCACAGGGGGGCAGCUGAAUGAGGAAGAAGGCGUUCCUGUCCAUGGGGAAGAGGAUGCCCAAUCUGGUGUAGCUGAUAUGGCGAUGUUCCCAGGACUGUCUGAGUCUGACAGCAUAUCCCGGAGCCUCCGGGAGGAGGACGAGAGUGCUGGGGAGAACCGGCUGGAGGAGGAAGAGGAGCAGCCGGCCCCUCCCGUACUUCCCUGGAGGCGACACCUCUCCCUGGGGAGUCGGCACCGAGGUGACAAGCCCGCCCACCGCCGCUUCCACCGGCUCCACCACCCCAUGGCCAUGGACCUCGGGGAGCUGGAUAGCCUGGUGGCCAGCAUCAUGGACGCGCCCACCAUCUGCCCCGACUGCGGGGAGAGCUUCAGUCCGGGCGCCGCCUUCCUGCAGCACCAGCGCAUUCACCGCCUGGCGGAGGCCGCUGCCGCCGCCAGCCUGGAGCCCUUCGGCCUGGCGGGCGAGUGCGACGCGAUGGUGGGCAUGAUGGGGGUGGGUGUGGCGGGGGGCUUUGGGGCCGGGCCCCCGCUGGCCCGGCCACCGCGCGAAAAGCCCUUCCGCUGCGGGGAGUGCGGCAAGGGCUUCAGCCGCAACACCUACCUGACCAACCACCUGCGCCUGCACACGGGCGAGCGGCCCAACCUGUGCGCCGACUGCGGCAAGAGCUUCAGCUGGCGCGCCGACCUGCUCAAGCACCGGCGCCUGCACACGGGCGAGAAGCCCUACCCGUGCCCCGAGUGCGGCGAGGCCUUCAGCCUCAGCUCGCAUCUGCUGAGCCACCGGCGCGCGCACGCUGCUGCCAGCGGCGCGGGGGCGGCGGCGCUGCGGCCCUUCGCCUGCGGGGAGUGCGGCAAGGGCUUCGUGCGCCGUUCGCACCUGGCCAACCACCAGCGCAUCCACACGGGCGAGAAGCCGCACGGCUGUGGCGAGUGCGGCAAGCGCUUCAGCUGGCGCUCGGACUUGGUGAAGCACCAGCGCGUGCACACGGGCGAGAAGCCCUACAUGUGCUCCGAGUGCGGCGAGACCUUCAGCGUCAGCUCGCACCUCUUCACGCACAAGCGCACGCACUCGGGUGAGCGACCCUAUGUGUGCCGCGAGUGCGGGAAGGGCUUCGGGCGUAACUCGCACCUGGUGAACCACCUGCGUGUGCACACCGGCGAGAAGCCCUUCCGCUGCGGCCAGUGCGAGAAGCGCUUCAGCGACUUCUCCACGCUCACGCAGCACCAGCGCACGCACACGGGCGAGAAGCCUUACACGUGCAUCGAGUGCGGCAAGAGCUUUAUCCAGAGCUCCCACCUGAUCCGCCACCGCCGCAUCCACACGGGCAACAAGCCGCACAAGUGCGCGGGCUGCGGCAAAGGCUUCCGCUACAAAACGCACCUCGCGCAGCACCAGAAGCUGCACCUGUGCUAGGGGCUGGGUCCGAGGGAGGCUGCCCUCUGGGGAGCCUAUAGGGGGUCGAUGUCCUGGGACUGACCCAGGAGAAGGAAAUGGGGAAGGGGCGGGAGGGACAAUCUGAGAGUGACUGGGGAGCCUUUGGUGUUCGGGGUUUCCUGAAGUGGGAGGAGGGUUGAGUAAGAGUUGUUCUUUCCCGGUGCUAUACUUGCCUCCUUUCCAUGGAAGAAAUGUUCAGGAGAUGCGCUUGGGAUGAUGACUUCCUUAAAUACAUGCUGUAGGGGGUGAAGAGCUUGGAGGACCAGGCGCUUUGAGGACCUUGAGGAAGGGCAGUUCGUGGGCUGGGGUGGGAACAGGAUGGCAGGCAAUAGACUAGGGUAGGCCGCGAUGGCCUGUAGGAGUCUGCAGGGAGAGGGUGUAAAUGAGGGCUAUGGGGCAAAAUAAAACCAAGUAUAAGUGAUUCUAUCUUGGUUCCACGAAGUGGUAAGCCAGAGUUUGCCCGGUCUCCGCACAUCACCUGUUGUCUCACAAAAAGUAGGGGAACCUUGUCACAUAGGAAAGGAUAUUUAAUGUACUUUUCCUUUCUCUGAGCCACAGUUAGCUGCUAUUUUGAGGCAUCCAAGGGAAAGUGGGCUGAAAAACGCCGCACUCUCAUUUCAAGGGGCAAUGUCUGAGGUUUACAAAUUCAUUAAUAACUGGUUCUCAGAUGUGGGAAAUCCUGAUUCUGUUCCGGGUUCUUUGCUACUUCCUUGAAAAUAAUCUAGCUUCAUGCUGGGUCAAGGUGGUUUACCUGGAUGACCCCCCUCCCCCGCCCUCGCCCCAUCCCAGGUGUGUGCCACAUCCAGUAUUUCUUUCAGGUCUCAACUGUGGUCUUUUAAGUGCAGAGAAAAGGAACAAUCACAGCUAUGCGUGACUUUCCUUUUUGCACCUCACCCUGAUGUAGAUGUUUCAAGUGAACUUUAGACCAUCAACAGUUGCCCAGUGACCUGCUAAAAAGUCAGCUAGCUCGCAGUUUUGCUGGCCUUUAUGUGAGAAAUCCAGGAAAGUGUUGACAUUGUUGGGAUGCAAAACUCCUUGGUCUCAUUUGCCUUCACUUAGCAUUUGUUAGUGACCUCCACUAACCCCCACCUCCGUGCAUAUGAGGGAUCUAGUCUAAGUAAGAGUGUCUUUUUCCUGCAUGUGGAGGCACAGUAGAAAUCUCAAGGCUUUACCCAGGAGAACCCAGUCAGAGAGAGGUGUAAAUGCAAAAUUGCCAAAUAGCACAAACAAUGAAUGUUUUCUGGUUGUUAUAUAGAUGCCAAAAUAGCACUUUGAUAUUUGCAAAGUGCUUUAUGCUUUUUAAUAAUUGUUAGUUGUUUCUCACAUCAUUGUGAGUUAGAUCAGUAUUAUGACCCCUGUCUUAGGGAAGGCCUGGGAACAGGAGCGUGCAGGCUGUCCUGCAGAGAGGCUGAGGACAGUGUGAAUAAUUGUAGCCUGACCUUUUGCAUCCUCCAGCUCAGCUGCUAGGAAGACUUGCCUGUCAUGAUUUAUAUAAUAAAAUAAGGACACUGAAAAUUCUUAUGCUUGAUGAAAAACUUAAGGCUAGCCUAGAAGGGCCAAACAUGUCCUUAUUGACAAAGCUGGUCUUUGUCACCUCAUUGGGGCAUCCUAGCCAUGUUCCAUUUCUAGUAGGGGGCUGUAGUUAGAUGACUCUUGUGUAGAUUUCAGUUAUUUAUGCUGAAGAUCCCUGCCCUAGGUUAGCCUUUAGAAGUUAGAGUUGUGGAAAGCGGUAUUGUUUUCUUCACUAGUGAUUGUUACCCUACACAUUUCAUGGAAGCAUCUUCACAAAAUAUUGGACACAGUUGAAGGGGGAAAAAGCUACAAGAUUGUUUUUACAGUUUUAGCAAAGUUUCUGUGGAUGCUAGUAAUUUAUACUUGAUCAGUUGUAUUCUAGUAAAGAACCUCUUUGGGGACUGUAGGAAAGCAUGUUUUUGUGGUUAUAAAAACACUUAAAAAUCCUGAUAAUUCUGGGCUUGUAUAAUGCCUGUUGAUCUUGCCCUCUGAAUCAAUUUAUUGUUAUUCACAAAUGCAAAUAGGUUUUCAAACUAUAGACAGUUUUGAAUGACAUUAAUUCUCGUUUUCUUUUAGUCAGGAGUAAUACAAGCAAAGCAAGUGUCCGUUUUGAAUUCUGAUUUUAAUCUGAAUAGGAAGCACAUUAGACCCACCUGAAAAUAAUAUAGCCAAUUUUUAGGUAAUCUUACUGCUUUGUGAGUUUCUUUCCAUGUAUAUCUACCUCUUCCAGCUGUUUUAAGUUCUCUCAAGUCUGUGCCUAUGAAAUCUCAUCCACCUUUUGAUUAUUCAUGGAUUGAUUAUCCGUUUUAUUGUGGUUUUUUUUUUUGCUGCCAUUGCUAUGCCUGGUCUUGUCUGCAUCAAAUAUACUACAUAUCAGCAACUUUAGAGAAUGGGUUCAACAGGGAGUGGAGAGUGAAGCUAAUGUAAAAUAGUUUAGUGGCAGUGGAAAUCUUUGGACUUCGUUUACCUCUCUCGUUAUUUCUAUUACCAUGGAUAAGAGAGUCAGCUGCUACUUUGAUAUCCCUUCUAUGAGCAAAUUCUUAGCAGAAGAAAACAAUCCAACUACCAACGCCCGACUCUAUUGGUGCAUUUAAAAUGUGAUUCCAUUUUUUCUUACAGUUCUUCAGGGAACUUAUCUGCAUUAAGUGAGGUCAAAUGCAUUCAGGAGGUUGUUUCUUCUAUCUAGUUUUAGAAUAAUAUUUCUUUGGCAAACCCUGUUAACUGCGGUUCACCCUUGAAAACGUUAAUCUGAGGACUUUUUCCACCAACUCGUUAAUGAUGGUGGAAGCAAGUGUAUUAUUUGUUUCCUGGAGAAUUUGGUGAAGAGCAGUCUUCUGCUGCUGCUCUUUACUAAGCAAAACCUGGAGCAGUUUAAAUAGGCUAAAUGGUUUUGAUUAAAUCUUGAGCUCCGAGUUGGAAGGAGAAAAUGAGAAGUUAACCCCUUGAGCCAUGUGGUCUCUUUACAAUCAAGAGACUGUACAUAUGUGAAAAAAUACAAAUUAAGGAACUGUGUUCAUAGACAAUCUAAACUGUGUUUCUGAAGUUUGUGCACAUUUUUCUUCACUGUAAUGUUAUUUUACAGCUGUUUGUUAAAAUAGUGAAUAAUUUAAUGAUCCUAAAAGUAACAGGUUUUGUGUGAGUGUGCUUGUAUAUGUGAGAAUUGCCUUAUUUUCAGGUUGUUUUAUUUAAUGAUGGUUCCUUGGACAGCAUUCUGGUGUUCAGCAACCAAUAUGGAAUAUUUGUCAUUAAAUCCAUAUCAGUCUUUUA